UAAUCAUUGUUAGUCAGUAUUUCAUUAGCGACAAUAUACAACGGAUAUUAAUAUAAUUAUAAUCAUAAAAAAAUGGCAGAAAAGGUUAAGAGAAAAAGUUCGUUCUUUAAUUUAAAAAUUUGGAACAACCAAAAAUCUGUGGAUGAUAGUGCAAGUAAGAUCUCAACUACACCAAUAGAUAGUACGCCACAAGUACAGUUUCGAAAUCCAGCACCUAAUUUGGGAUACAGAGGUGCAAGAUCAUCAGAUUUAAGGGCAAGCAGGCCCGUCUCCUACGGGGGGAUUAAAGACUUGGUACAAUGCCCUCUAUGUCUGGAGACACUCCAUAAUGCAAAGAUGCUACCCUGCCAACACACAUUAUGUAUGGCCUGUCUCGGUAUCUAUAUUGCUGACGCCACAACUAUUGAAUGUCCAGUAUGCAGAACCAAGAUUCAAAUAACUGGUCCGAAUUUCGUCCAGGAGCUACCGUCCAAUCUAUACAUCGAUUCUUUACUACAAUUAGUUGGUCUCAAAUCGAAAACCUCACAGAAAUCCGAAACACCACCUCAGACUCCAGCAUUUAGUACUGCUACUUACCAAAGCGUAGAUUUAUUUGCGGCCGGUGUUAGAUGCUCCCACUGCCAGACAAUGUGUGAUAACAGUGAUACAAUUAAUUGCCAGCAUUGUAAGAUGAACUUCUGUCACGUGUGCUGGUCAAACCACUUAGACGACAUGCAAACACAAGUAGGAUCCAUUCUAAAACAACUCGACUCCGCCUCAAACCGACUUCGACAUAAAAUCGAACACUUUAAGGAUCGUUGUGAACAUCUAAUGACACAAAUCGAAACAACGGCCAGCGAAAAGAUAAAUGCUAUAAUCGAAUCAAAAAGAAAAUUGUUGAAAGAAGUUUCAGAACUACAAAAAUCAGGAGAUCUCUCUGCGUUAGCUCUAAAUACAUCUCUGGAAGACGCCAAAACAGUAGCGACACAAGUUAUGGCAUCUAAAGAAAUUGGAAAUGAUAUGAAAAGGGUAUCAACCUUUAUGAAUUUGCACCAGAACGCGUUACAAAUACUCGUGGAUGUAUCUAAAUGGGACACGGAACACUUCGUGUUUGACAAAGAGAAUUUUAGAAUAGAAAAAGACAACGAGACGCCGUUAGACGCAGAAUCUGAUGACCCUGUCCAGAAUGGAAUUAAGCAAAAUAAUCCACUGGAAAAUGACAAUAGCUUGAGCAUGCAUUAUAGAUGCCGUAGUUUCGUACCCCAUUACGUAUGGCGCAAGACAACACGACCAUGCGGCAUCGGCAUAGGCCCCUGGAACGGGCACCUAUACAUCUGCGACAUGGACUCCCAUAGUGUUCUAGUUGUGGAGCGAUCACAAGCCAAGAUCGUCACAAGACUGGUGUAUAACGAGAUGCUGUGUCCUGUACAAAUCGCAUUUAUGAAAAGUUUGGGGGAGAUAUAUGUCUCAGACAAAUGGAAGCACUGCGUGCACGUGUUCUCCAAGGACGGUGAAUACUUGAGGUCUCUCGGGCAGAAAGGCAGCCGUGACGGACUGUUCAGAUCUCCAGAGGGAAUCGCCACAGACAACGCUAAUCUGCAUAUUUACGUGGUCGACACUGGCAACGAUAGAGUGCAGAUAAUACAACCUGACGGCCAAUUUGUCGACCAAAUAGGCGUGACUACAAAACAACAGGUCAGUCCCACUGUAGCAUGGGAGGUUACCACCGUGAUAUCUACAGAGUUCAACGCACCUACUGAUGUAGCAGUCACCAGCGAUCGAAUUAUUAUACUCGACAGCGGAAACCGCAGGGUCAAGGUAUACAACAAGCAGGAUAAAAGCAAAAUAUAUGAGUUUGGAUCUAUCGGACAGAGGAAAGGCCAGUUCAGACAACCAGAAGUAUUAGCUGUAGAUCCUAUGGGUUUCAUCCUAGUUGGAGACUCGGGUAAUUGUAGAGUCCAGGUUUUCAAACCCAAUGGAGCAGUUGUCCGAGUUUUCGGAGGCUACGGAACUGAACUUGGGAAAUUUGGGUGGAUUUCCGGCAUUUAUGUUACGAAGCAAUUGGAUAUUAUAAUUAGUGACUCCAGAAAUCAUAAUGUCAACUUUUUCUAAAUAAAAAAUAUAGGUUUUAUAACAAUAUUUUAUUUGAUGGAAACAAAUUUAAAAAUAUGUUUAGUUACAAAUUAAAAUUAUAUCUUAAUGAUAUAGCACAAUAAUAUUUAUUUAAUGUGUAAAAAAUAAACUUUAAAAUAA